UCGCUUUCACAUCCAUAACUAUUACUCUUGCAUCAGACAUCCCUCACCAUCAAACAUGAGGUUUCUCUGCCUUCCCGGUGCCUAUGGCAGCGCCGACAAAUUUCAGGUUCAGCUUGCUCCAAUCCUCAAGGAGCUAACCAACGAUGGAACCGCCACCUUCUACUUUACCCAUGGCCCCUGUGAGGUUGUUCCUCCCGAGGGUUUCGAGGAGUUCUUUGGCGAGCCCCCCUACUACCGCUUCAUCGAGCCCGAUGAUGUCGACGCCCAGAUGCAGGACAAUGAUGUCUUGUCCCGCAUCCGUGACUUUCCCCACGGAGAGACCGCCGAGGACACCAUGCGCGAGUUGAUGCAGGUCGGCGUUGCCACCUCUCACAAAUCCACUGCCCGCGCCAUGAAAUACCUGAGCGACAUCAUCCAGCGCCGUGGUCCAUUCGACGGCAUCAUUGGCUACUCCGAGGGUGCCACCGUCGCCUCCACCUUUUUGCUCCACGAGCAGCGCCGCCAGCGCCUGAUGGGCGGUCCUCCGACGCUCAAGUACGGCAUCUUCUUCGCCGGUUGGCCUCCGGUCGACCCCAAGACUCACGGACUAGUUCUUUCUGAUGAGACCGACGAGAGGGUUGAGACCAAGACGCUCCAUAUUGUCGGCUCACUUGAUCCCUACCUCGACGGCUCCAUGGCACUGUACAACGUCUGCGACCCUGACGGAGCCUACCUCUUUGAUCACGCCAAGGGUCACACCCUGCCCAGGGAUCGAGAGACCAUCAAGGAGCUUGCCGAUGUUGUCAGGGAUGCGAUUGAGGAGCUGAGGGAGGAUGGUCUACUGUAGCUUGCUUCUUUCUUAAUUCUGCAUUAUUAGCGGCUAGACAUGGGAGGUGUUUACGAG